AUGCGGUUGUCGACCUCGGCCCUCGUAUUGGGCGCGGCAUCCUCGGCCGUCGGCCUUCAGGACCAAAAGGUGCUAAGUGACGACUCGUCGAAGCCCCUCAUCGACUCCAACGGCAUCCACCUCGACAGCUUUGAGGCAUGGACCAAGCCCCUCACCGACGCCUUUGGCGAGAUGAACUCGGAGGCCAAGGCUACCUGGCACGAGCUUUCUAUGAUGGUGCCCGGCGCUGUCGAAGCCUUCAAGAAGCAACUCACCAACUUCCAGCCCAAGAAGCACUCACGCAUCCCCGACAAUAAGUGGGACCACGUCGUUCGCGGAGCCGACGUGCAGCGGCUGUGGGUCGAGGGCGAAGACGGCCAGUCUCACCGCAAGGUCGGCGGCAAGCUCGACAACUUUGGCCUGCGCGUCAAGAAGGUGGAUCCCUCGAAGCUCGGCGUGGACAAGGUGAAGCAGUACAGCGGCUACCUCGACGACGACGAAAAAGACAAGCAUCUCUUUUACUGGUUCUUCGAGUCUCGCAACGACCCCAAGAACGACCCCGUGGUCCUCUGGCUCAAUGGCGGCCCCGGCUGCUCGUCGCUGACGGGCCUCUUCCUGGAGCUUGGCCCGGCCUCUAUUGACGAGAAGCUCAAGAUUGUCGACAACCCCCAUGCAUGGAACGCCAAUGCGUCCGUCAUCUUCCUUGACCAGCCGGUCAAUGUUGGCUACUCUUACGGUGGCGGAUCCGUCAGCGACACUGUCGCGGCUGGCAAGGACGUCUAUGCCUUGCUCACCCUCUUCUUCCACCAGUUCCCUGAGUAUGCCAAGCAGGACUUCCACAUUGCCGGCGAGUCGUACGGCGGGCAUUACCUCCCCGUCUUCGCUUCGGAGAUCUUGUCGCACAAGCACCGCAACGUCAACCUCAAGAGCAUCAUGAUUGGCAACGGCCUGACGGACGGCUACACUCAGUACGAGUACUACCGCCCCAUGGCUUGCGGUGACGGUGGCUAUCCCGCCGUCCUUGGCGAGGACACUUGCAAGUCCAUGGACAACUCUCUCAGCCGGUGCCAGUCUCUGAUUAAGCAGUGCUACGACACGGAGAGCACUUUCUUAUGCGUGCCUGCCAGCAUCUACUGCAACAACGCCAUGAUUGGGCCUUACCAGCGGUCUGGCCAGAACGUGUACGACAUCCGCGGCAAAUGCGAGGAUACGUCCAACCUGUGCUAUAGUGCCCUGGGCUGGAUCUCAAGCUGGCUGAACAAGCCCGAGGUCAGGGAGGCACUCGGCGCCGAGGUGGAGAGCUACGACAGCUGCAACUUUGACAUUAACCGCAACUUCCUGUUCGCGGGCGACUGGAUGAAGCCGUACUUCCGACUGGUGCCCGAGAUCCUCAAGAAGAUUCCUGUUCUUCUCUACGCGGGCGACGCCGACUUUAUCUGCAACUGGCUCGGCAACAAGGCUUGGGCCGAGGCGCUCGAGUGGCCCGGUCACAAGGAUUUUGCGGGGGCGAAGACGAACAAGCUCAAGAUGGAGCUGGACGACAAGACCAAGGAGUACGGCGAGUACAAGACGGCCAGAAACUUUACCUUUAUGCGCAUCUUCCAGGCCGGGCACAUGACGCCCAUGAACCAGCCCGAGGCGUCGCUCGACUUUUUCAACCGCUGGCUCGGCGGCGAGUGGGUUUCUUGA